AUGUAUUGCAGUAUAUGCAACGAAUUUUCCUCUCCGUGCAGUUUACAAGUAUUGCGUCAUAUGCAACUUUUUCACUCUCAUAAUACUGUUUAUCCGUGUAUCAAUAAUUGUAACAGGACAUUUGCAUCAAUACCAACUCUGAAGAAACAUAUCAAAAUUUGCUUAGUAGCUGCUAAUGAUUUGGUAACACAAAAUAAUACACUAUUAAAAUCAGAAGUCAAGUUUGAUUCUACUUUAAAUAAUACAGAUCAUAAUGACCACACGGAAAGUUCUGAAGAUCAGAGUAGUAUUGGUACAAUUGUCGAUGAUAAAUGUAUUGAGCGAAAAUUUUUACAAUUUAUUGGCUAUUUGUAUAAUAAGCCAUCAUUAUCGAGAUUGAUUGUCCAGGAUAUUGUAGAAAAUUUUAGUGAGUUGACACACGGUAUAAUUUCCAUUUUUGAACAUAAUUUGAAAACUGCAAUUCCUUCUGAUUAUCACGAUUUGAUUACAAAUAUUUUACAAAUUAAUCCAUGUAGCAAUUUCGACAGUGAAUACAAACGAUUCAAAUAUUUUAAAGGUCAAAAUUUACUUAUAACUCCUGUACCUUUCAAAAUAGGAGAAAUUAAAGAUGAUAAAAAAAUGAAAGGUACUGUAGUUUUAACAAAUAAACAAUGUUUUGCUCAAGUAGUACCAAUGCGGAUUGUACUGCGUCAAUUUUUCGAAUUACCCAAUGUCUACGAAAGAAUAAUUAGUUAUAUUAAAGAUGAGUCUUCCCGUAAUUAUUUACCAAAAUUAUACACCAGUUUAUUUCAAGGAAAAAUCUGGGAAAAUAUUUCAAAUUCUUAUGGUAAAAAAGUUGUGGUACCUCUUUACCUUUACUAUGAUGAUUUUGAAAUAUCUAAUACACUUUCAAGUGCGGCUGGAAUAUAUAAAAUCGGUGCAUUCUAUUUUUCCAUAGCUUCAAUGCCCCCAGAAUAUUCUUCUUCGAUUGAUUCCGUUUUUUUAGCUGAAUUUAUCCAUACUAUGGAUUUAAAAGAGUUCGGAAAUGAAAAAUGUUGUCGAGCUAUUGUUGAUGAAUUAAAAUUCUUGGCAGAAGAAGGGAUUUGGGUAGAUGUAAAUGGCAUUAAUAAACAAAUUUUUUUCGUCCUGAUUGGUGUAUUAGGUGAUAAUUUGGGCAUGAAUGGCAUAUUAGGGUUUUCAGAAAGUUUUAUAGCUGAAUAUUUUUGUCGAUGUUGUAGAAGUACAAACAAUGAAUGUAGUAAGCAGCUUGUAGAAAAUAAAGGAUCACUUCGAAAUAUUCAUAAUUAUGAAGAUGAUACAAGAAGUUUAUCAACAGGCGUAAAGGAAAAAUGUAUUUUUAAUGUAAUUCCGCAUUAUCAUUGUACGAUAAAUAUUACUUGGGAUUUGAUGCAUGAUUUAUAUUUAGGCAUUUGUCGUUAUGACAUGGCUAAAAUCAUAGAUCACUGUAUUAAAAAAACCUAUUUUAGCUUAGAACAUCUAAAUAACCGUUUGAAAUAUUUUGAUUAUUCGGAAAUUGAUCGUGGUAAGAAAAUAUCGUUUAUUUCAGCACACCACAUUCAUAAGGGUAAUAUAAUUAUUACAGCUUCAGAAAUGUCAGCUUUAAUUUCUUAUUUUGGAAUAAUCGUUGGUGAUUUAGUUCCAGUUGAUGAUGAUGCAUGGGAGUUAUAUAAUACCCUUUAUGAAAUUAUUGACAUUGUAACCAGUUCAUCAAUAUCAGAAUACCAAGUAAUUCAUUUGGAACAGUUAAUACGAAAUCACAACGAACUUUUCAUAAACUUAUUUGGGCCUUUAGUUCCAAAAAGUCACUUUUUAACUCAUUACCCAUUAUGUAUAAAAAAUAUGGGACCAAUAAAGAAUCUAUCUAGCUCUAAAUUUGAAUCGUUUCAUCAAUUGUCGAAAAAAAAUGCUCAUGUUGUCAACUCAAGGAUUAAUAUUACGUAUACUCUGGCAUUAAAAAUGCAAUUACAAGUAUGUUAUAGAAUUUUAAGUCAGAAAGGACUUGAGCCAAAAAUUGAAUACGGUCAGGUGUUAGAAAUUUCUGAUAAUUAUGAAUCAACAUUUUCAUCACAUAUAGGUGCAGAAGCUUGUACAGUUUCGUGGGUAAAAAUCAACGGAACAAUAUAUAAACCUGACUUUGGUAUAUACGUAAAAAAUGAUGAUUUUAAUGAUCCAAUGUUUGGUAUAAUUAUAAGUAUUAUUAUGAGUAAAGACUGUACGAUUUUCUUAGUUUAUAAAGAAUGCUACACUAUUGGUUUUAAUAAUCAUCAAAAGGGAUAUGAAAUUGUAACGCCAAAUAUUCAUGUUAAAACUAAAUUAUUUAAUAUAAAUAAUAAUUUUUAUGUAAGGCCUGUAAAAAUUCAUGUUACAGCAAACGUGACGGCAUCAGUUUUGCCAGGUGGAUGGGUAGAAUUAUCUGAUGUCCAUAGACACCCAUCACGUCAAAUAGACAACGAGAUUCGAAAGCGUCAAAUGAUUGCAGAAAUAAAAAGAAGAGCCCGGGAAACGAACGACACACCUGAUCAUAUAUUUACAGAAGUAUCAAGAGAAUUUCCAGACAUUGCAUUUUCUAUGCGUCCGGAAGCAAGACGUAUGCAUGUCACGCGAACUCGUCAACUUUGUUGUCCGCCUAUCCCAACGUCGAUGGAAGAAUUAGGACCUAUGUUACAUUCAUAUUUACCAGCUUCGCCAAUAUUUCGGGAAGCAGUUACUGCAGAUGACGAAAGUACUGGAAUUAUUUUCAGUAGCCAAGAUAUGGUCAAUAGAUUCAAUAUGGUAAAUGAUUUACACAUUGAUGGUACUUUUAAGUGCAUUCCGUAA